AUCAAAACCGUCUAUGUCUAACUUUGGUCCUGAUACUAAAUUCCGAGUAAUCUCAGGAAUAUAUAAGGUAUCAUAAAGUUUAAUACAUAAACCAGUUUUCAUUAUUAAUUCUAAGGUUCCCACGGCUUCGACAGCUAGUUCUGUUCCAUUCCCCAGCUUAAGUGUUCUUCGGUUUCUUUCCAGCUUCUGGAUUGUAAGGAAUCCCUGAAGAAACUUGCUUGUAUAUAUACCUUGUGAAUACUCAAUGGAAAUCAAUUCAGUGUUUCACAAAAAUUCUACAUGGUAUCGGAGCCAAUUUCCCGGGAUUUUCUCAAACCCUAGGCUCGUCCCUCUCUCACGCACGGUGCCGCCGCCGUAGCUUCAUCGACCGCCUCACGACGGUCCUCCUUCUCCGAUCGACUCACGUCGGUCGCCAGCCUUGCAGCGCCGGCUCUCGUCGGCUAUCAACUCAACCCCGGCUCACGUCGGUCGUGUAACCACCGCCUCACGUCGGUGCUUCGUUUUUCGUCUCCAUGGCAGCCGAAGGAACAAAGAAGGUCAGGCUCAUCCACGACCCUACCUCCAUGUACUACAUUCACCCGUCUGAAAGCGCGGGUAAUUCUUUAACAAAACAUCUUCUCAAAGGUGAUAAUUAUGAUAUUUGGGAGAAAACCAUUGUGAACGCUCUCGAAGGGCGCAGCAGAGCGGGUUUUCUUCACCCCUCCGGGUUUCCUAAACCCACGGAUGAACAGGAAUUGGCGGCUUGGAAAGCUAAUAAUUCCAUUAUUUGUUCUUGGAUCUGUAACAGUGUCGAUGAACACAUCCAACCUUCCAUUAUCUCCCAUAAAAUUGCUCAUGAAUUAUGGUUAGAUCUGAAGACCAGAUAUGGGGGUUCGAAUGGACCUCGUAUUCAUCAAUUGAAGUCCGAAUUUCAAUCUUUGCGUCAGAAAGGACAAACUGUGGUUGUUUAUUACAAUCAAUUUGUAACUCUAUGGAACAAGCUGUAUGGAUCGGUUGAUCCAACUUGUGGUUGCCGAUGUGAGGCUGCGGCUCUGAUUCGGGCACAUGAGGAACAGGAGAAAACUCAUCAUUUUUUGCUCGGUCUCGACGAUGAACAAUUUGGUCACAUCCGAUCUCAGAUUAUUGCCACUGAACCUGUUCCAGACAUACACCGAGCUUAUGCUCUUAUUGUUCAAGAGGAACGCCACAAGAGCAUGGUCCGUGGCCGAGAUGACCGUACGGAUGCUCUCGCUUUUGCCAUGCAACGUCCCGCUCCUACCAUGGGUCGCGGAGACCCCCCCCAUUAUUCAUGCACGCAUUGUGGAAAAGAUGGACAUUCAGUGGAUCGGUGUUAUCAAUUGCAUGGAUACCCGCCCGGGAAGGGGCGUGGGGGUCGCGGCACUACUUCUGGCCGUGGGGGACGCGGCGGUGGCCGAGCGCCGUCCGGCGGCAGUGGCACCCCUGGUCGUGGGUCUGGCCGAGGGGUAGGAUCGGCGACAGGGGGAGCAAAUGCAGCCACCAACUCCAACGCCUUGAGCCUCACACCUGAUCAGAUGACCCGGUUACUUUCCAUGCUCGAUGUUUCGUCUUCCGACAAGGAUACCGGGCCUAAUGGAGAUGCAGCAUCUCGUGAGUGGCUUAUUGACAGUGGCGCCUCUCAUCACAUGACUGCCGAACCCUCUACCUCCACCCCACACGCCGAUUUCCCCGAAUUACCCCAGCCCGACCCCCUCCCGGCUGCCGUACCUGACGGCCAGCCCGUCCAGCCGACGGCUGCCGCCGAGCAGCACACCGAAGACCAGCCCCACUCCCAUACAACUGCCGCUCCUCCACUCCGUCCUCAACGGCAGCGUCGUCAGCCAUCUCAUCUUAGUGAUUACAUCGUCAACUCUGUUCAAUCUCCCGCUCCAUUGUGCUCAUCGCCUUCCCAGUCAUCGUCUUCAGAUGCAAGCAAUGGAAUUGCUCUGGGGCAAUUGCAUCAGUUGUUUUACAACGGAUGCCAAUGGCCUAUUUUUUAGAAAAGGCUUUGGCAUGCACCGAUUGUUUCUAAACAACCAAUGCCAAAGCCUUAUUUUUAAAAAGAUUAGGCUUUAGCGUUGGUUGUUUGGAAAUAACCGAUGCCAAAUCCUUUUUUUAAAUAGGGCUUUGGCAUCGGUUGUUUUUAAACAACCGAUCCGAUGCCAAUGCCCUAUUUUUUAAAAAGAUAGGCUUUGGCAUUAGUUAUUUCUAAACAGCCGGUAGAAAAGUCUAAUUUUUAAAACAAAAUAAGGCGUUGGCAUCGGU